AUGAAAAAUUCCAAAGGUGAAGACUCAAAUGAUAAUGUUCCCAAAAUUUCAGGUACUGGUCCUUCUCCUUCUUCUUCUAUACCUUAUAAUAACAAUAGAGGAAGUAAAAUGGCCAAUUCCACAUAUAAUCAGAACUUUAUAAAUAAUAAUUCGUCAUAUAAUAAACAGCCAAGUAAUUUAGGAGCAUCAAAUUAUCCUUUUAUAAAUAAGAACUAUACAAGUCCAAAUAAUUAUGUUGUAAAUAAUGUUAAUCAAAGUUAUAUUCCAAUGAAUUAUAAUAAUGUUAAUAUGACGCCUAAUAUUCCAUAUAACAAUAAUAAUAAUUAUAAUUAUGGGACAUACCCAAAUGUAAAUAAUAAUAUGAUACAUAAUAAUAAUAUAAAUAAUAUGGAUGUGAAAAAUAAUUAUUCUUAUGAUAAUAAUUUAAAAAAUGUUAAUAUGAAUGAAUAUAAUUCAAUUAUGGGUAUGAAAAAUUAUCCAAAUGUUCCUCCACCUAAUAUAAACAAUAUGAUGAAUGUUCAUCAAAAUAAUAUGCUUGCAUAUAAUAACACAAAUAAUAACAGUAAUAAUAGUAAUAAUAAUAAUUUUUAUAUGAAUAACAAAUUUAAUGUUAUGAAAAAUGUACCUCCACCUCCUCUUCCAAAUAUUCCUAGUCCUCCUAGCGUUCCAAAUAACAGUUAUCAUUUUAACAUGAACAACCAAAUGAAUAAUUUUGCUCCACCAUAUAUUAACUACGAUAAAGACAUUCAUAUACCUAAAGGGGAACAUGAACACACGAUGAACAAUAAUGAAGACUUGAAAGACGGUAAAAAGAACGAACAUGAUCGUAAAUUUCAAGAUAAUACUAAUAAUAUCCAUAAUAAAGGAAAUUAUAAUAAUAAAAGUAGUACAUGCAAUAUAAAUGUAGAUGGUAGAGAAAGAUUACAAAAUGAUUAUAAUCAAAACUUUAUCAAUACAGGAGAAAGACCCCAAAAUUUUAUUAGAGAUAGUGAUGAAAAUAAAAGAUUUAUUAAAUAUCCUAAAUUAAAACAAUUAUUAGAAUUAAAAAAUGAUAUAAUAAAAAAAAGAUCAACACCAGCGAGAUAUAUUCGUUGUGAUUUAAGAACAUUUGAUUUGGGUUCUUUAGAUACAAAAUUUGAUGUAAUAUUAAUUGAUCCACCAUGGAAAGAAUAUUAUGAUAGGAAAAUGCAUAAUUUGCAUGUAUUGAAUAAUAUUAACUUAGAUCAAGAUUUAAAUAAUGACAUGUAUAAUGAAAAAGAUAAAUUCUGGACCUUAGAAGAUUUAGCCAAUAUAGAAAUUGAAAAAAUAGCAGAAGUACCUUCAUUUCUUUUUAUAUGGUGUGGUGUUACACACCUAGAAGAUGCUAGAGUUUUAUUAAACAAAUGGGGAUAUCGUAGAUGUGAAGAUAUAUGUUGGUUGAAAACAAAUAUCAAUGAAAAAAAUAAAAAAAAUAAAUACUUAAAUGAAAUAAAUAAUGAAAAUUCCUAUUUACAAAGAACUACUGAACAUUGUUUAGUAGGUAUCAAAGGAGCAGUCAGAAGAUCUUAUGAUAUUCAUUUAAUUCAUGCAAAUUUAGAUACAGAUGUUAUUAUAGCAGAAGAAACAGAACAAAAUAUAUAUGAUAAUAAUAAACCAGAAGAAUUAUAUAAAAUUAUUGAAAAAUUCUGUUUAGGAAGAAGGAAAAUAGAAUUAUUUGGAACUAAUCGAAAUAUAAGAAAUGGAUGGUUAACCUUAGGAAAAAAUAUUGAUACUACAUUAUUUAAUAAAGAAGAAUAUACAGGUUGGUUUGAAGGUGAUAUUGCUUGGCCUGAGGCCACUUCAUAUGUGGGUGGCAAAUAUAUGGGCACGACCAAUGAAAUAGAAAACCUACGUCCCAAAUCUCCUCCAAGAAAUAAUCCAAACACGUAA